UCCAGAGAAAAGCAGGGGAAGACAAGGAGAAAAGAGCAGAGCAGAGGAGCAAACAUGUCCCGGUUCGUUGAUCCGCUGGUGGUGGGGCGGGUGAUCGGCGAGGUGGUGGACAUGUUCGUGCCGUCGGUGGCCAUGGCCGUGGCCUACGGCGCCAGGGACCUCAGCAACGGCUGCCACGUGAAGCCCUCCCUGGCCGCCGACCAGCCGCUCGUCCGCAUCUCCGGCCGCCGCAACGACCUCUACACCCUCGUGAUGACGGAUCCUGACGCGCCUAGCCCUAGCGAGCCCACCAUGAAGGAGUACCUCCACUGGAUAGUGGUUAACAUACCGGGUGGAACAGAUGCAACUAAAGGUGAGGUGGUGGUGCCGUACAUGGGGCCGCGGCCGCCGGUGGGCAUCCACCGCUACGUGCUGGUGCUGUUCGAGCAGAAGACGCGCUUCCCCUGCGUCCCGGCGGCGUCGCCGGACGACCGCGCCUACUUCAACACCCGCGCCUUCGCCGCCAACCACGAGCUCGGCCUCCCCGUCGCCGUCGUCUACUUCAACUCCCAGAAGGAGCCGUCCGGACACCGCCGGCGUUGAUGAAAUGGCGCGCCGGCCUAGCUACUCCGGCACGCCCGCUGCAUGCUCACCGACCAACAAUAGUUAAUCCCGGUGAAGAAUAAUAACUAAACAUCCAUAAACUAGCCAGCAACUGGCAUGUGCUGUAUUACCGUCCUUUAAUUGCACUGUGCUUGUGUAAUGUGUAUGCAUGCAUGAGUUGCAUGAAAAUCAUAUAUAUCUCCGCGCGACGGGGAUAUUUCCUCCGCGUGUUCUUGUAAUAAUAGUACUAGCAUGCAGUUGG